AUGGAUUCUCUUCUCGAUGCCGACGAUGACCCUCGAGACUGGUCAAUCGAUCAAGUCGUCUACGAACUCUGCCAGUGCUCGACUCCACGUUGGCUGUCCAAACACAAGCCUCAGUUGAUUCCAGACCGCCAUGGCCUGGAAGAUGCUCUUCGGCGAAACCAUGUCGAUGGGGACAAUCUUCUCGCUCUCGACAUGGCAACCCUGAAGGAGGACCUGGGGAUCCCGUCCUUUGGCCAAAGACGAGCCAUUAUGAAAGCGGUUGAGUCCUUUCGCGCGAUCUCAAAAAGCUAUCAACAGAUGGUUUUUCAAGCAGACAGUAUCGCCAGAAUGCAGUCAGCCACGUAUGCCUCCCCACAGAUAACCCAAUCUCGGAUUUCGGGAGUUCCACAAUCUCCUGCUUACUACGGCCUCGGCGUUCAACCGUCUAUCGAGCCUCCGCGUCCUUUUCAAUCACCUUCUUUCACCAGUGCGGCGGGCCAGCAGCGGGUUGUUUCCAAGGAUUUCACCCUCAAUUCACCUGGGCUCGCGAUUCAUGACACUCCGGAUCCCCCAGUUCCAACUAUUCGCCCUUCCAAUAAUCCUUCCCCCGAUGUCGUUCAGCCAAAAUCAAGCUCUAGUGUCGCCAGCUUUCACGGAAAUGAUGUCGUUGAUGCUCUCGCCUCUCAAACUCGCGAUCAGCCACCGCCUCAUCUGUUACAACAGCCUGUAAUAGAACAUGCUGUCGUCAGCGGCAAAAAGAAAAUUGCGCCAACUUUCGUGUCACAUUUGCCCGAGGUGACCCCAGUAAAAUCAAGUCGUGAUACCUAUCUCGGCCGAGAUGCACUUCCCCUGCAAGAUGUGUUCUACUACAAAAGCCGAAGUGGAUUUACUGAUGAAGUUUCAUAUCGCGUCGCUGCCGCCGAGGAAUCAGGUCCAUUCCACAUCUCUGCCGAUUUUCCUGCUGGCCAACGCCGAACAAUAGGGAGGCUGAUGAGAUCUUUCCUGCGUGAAGGUACGACUGUCCUACCUCGGAGCGGACUGAGAAUCAAGCUACCCUACAAAAACUCCAGGGUCAAGCUUCCGUAUUCCGAACAAUACUUUACCUUGUUCACACCCGGCACCGAGAGGGCAAAGGUGUGCAGGGUAGAAGACUAUCCCGAGCUCAAGACCCUCCAGGACAAUCAGUCACGAGAUUCCGCCAUUGACUUGCCUGAGGGUGUCCAAGAUGUAUCUCAUGAAAUAUCGUUGAACGCAAAAGGUGGUGGUUCGAGUUUGUCCGACCUGGACUACCUUCUGGACAAGUACCCAGUGGAGAGUUCUGAUGGACUUCCUCUUUAUGGCGAUUCGGGAGACGAGAACGAUCUCGAUGAAGACACCUGGAGGGAGAUCCAAGAGGAGAAGGCUGAGGCCGAGGAAUCGCGCAGGAAGUCUGCCAAUAUGACGCCAGCUGAGGUUGAGACCGCUAUCAACGAAGCCAUAGACGAGUGGAAGCAGGAGUGGCGCGAAACAAAGCUCUUGAGUGCCCAGAAGAAGGCUUAUCGUCACUGGAUGAGCGCAGCCCGAAACAAGAGUCGCCAAGAAAAGAUCGAGUACUUCAACUACUGUAAGAGUCAGGUUUUGCGCAGGUUGCAUAAUAUCAAACGUGAGAUCGCUGGAAAUGUCUGGCGCAAGCCAGCUGAGGUCAAGAGACAAUGCCAAAGCCUCGAAUUAACAGUCUAUCAGCACCAGGAAUACGAAUACUACGGCCAUGUCUUGCUCCAAGACAACCCACCGGCAAAACCUGACAAAUAUGCGCUUAAAGCAAUCCGGACUCCCAAACAGCACAAUCUUGAGGAAGAUGAAGAGCUUCUCGAAUCCGAGCCAGAAACAUCAACCGAAGAAGAUGCGCAAUCCUUCGUGGAUGACUCCACUGAUGAAGGUUCCAUUCAUCAUAUCCCGGACACUGAAGACUGGCAACUCAUCGUUCCAAAUACAGCAAGACAGCGUGAUACAAUGACCGUGCCUCCAAAUGCUUCACCCAACGCAAAAGUCCCCACCAGUAUUCGUGAGUCACCAGUGCCCGACCUCCAUGCCAACGACGCAGAUGUCGAAAGCGAAACCGACGAUGACAUAAUUCCACCAGCUCGUCGAAAGACAACGCGCAUUAAGACCGAAGCUCCUCGAACGCCGGAUGCCAAAGGCGCUCAUGUGAAGCGGAAACCUUCUAAGCCUCAGCAACCCACUUCCGAUACUUCGGACCUCGACCGCUCCCCACGUCUUCCGAGUUCUAGGUAUCGAAACAGAGGACUUUCCGCAGCCGCGCCUGUUGACCUGACAUUCAGUUCUCCAUCUGGGGCUGAAAGAAGCACAAAUGAUACCUCGACUGACUUCAGUGUUCACACACCGGAACUCAAUCCGGUUCGAACAGGGAGUCCAAAAAAGAACAACCCGAAGAGGAGUAUUCUUGUUGCCGACUCAACGGACUCUGAAUCGGAGUAUAUGUCUUCCCAAGAUGACACUAGCCUACCAGGAGUGUACGACUUUCAGGGUCUGAGGCGUAUACCAUGGUCAGAAAUAGACCCCAUCGACAAGCGGCGAGCGCUUGCAAAGGCCGUAUAUGCCCUUGAUCUAGAAGCGGUUUCCAAAUUGGCUUCCUUUCUGAACUUCACGGCGGAUUCCAGCCAGGCUCCAGAAACGGUCAUCAUAAGCGGGCUCGUUGCUCUGGACGAAGAUGCAGCCACAAUCGCAGGCGUCAAACCAAAAUAUCAGUCAAGCGCUCAGUUGCUGGUUUUGCUCUAUCUAACGUAUAUUUGUGGUCAAAAUGCGUUGGAAGAGUUUGAGCUCUCGGAAGCCCACAGGGACCAGGCAUUUGCGGACAAAGAUUCUGCUCUUGUUCCGUUCUAUAAGUUGCUUCGGAAAAUCAUCCAGACAUAUUUCAAGAAUCAGACGCAAACGCAAACAAAGGGCAAGAAAAGAAAGCGAGAUGAAGACUCUUUCUCUAUUCCUGAAACAGGAAACAACACAGAUGAACAAAUGACAGAUAUUACUUUAACUGAUUCAUUGGAAGAGCUUCUGCCUUCAUCUCACAAGAAGCGCAAGCGCAAGGUGGAAGAAAGCCAGGAGGCAAAAUCUCAACAAUACAGCGACAAGCUCAGGAUCCAAGAACAAGAAGAGCGACGUAAGAAUAUGGCUAGUAAGCUUGCCCUGAUGCAAGUCGAUGGGAGCGCCGCCUACAUCGUCAACUCGGAAGAACCACCCGUCGAACUUCACCAGCAUAUUGCUCAACGCGUGAAGCCACAUCAAGUCAACGGCAUUCAGUUCAUGUGGCGCGAAAUUAUCGAAGAUCCAAAACAUCAAGGUUGUAUUCUGGCGCACACCAUGGGUCUAGGGAAGACCAUGCAAGUCGUCUCUCUGCUGGUGACAAUUUCUCUUUGCAAUCAGAGCAAUGAUCAGAAUAUCAGAAAUCACAUCCCCGAACAUCUCCGAAAAAGCAAGACUCUUAUACUUUGCCCUGCUUCUCUCCUCAACAAUUGGGAAGACGAACUUCUGAUGUGGACGCCCGAUCCUGCUGUCCUCGGUGCUAUUCACAAGGCUGACUCAAUCAGCAAACCGGACAAUAUUCAAACUAUCUUGGCCUGGUCGAAGCAAGGUGGCGUUCUUCUGAUAGGGUAUGAACGGUUUAGACGAUUCAUCACGGACAGCAUCAAAGCGAAAGGAAAUGUUCUGGUCGACCUUGAACACAUUCUGUUGGAAGAACCAAAUCUUGUCAUUGCCGACGAAGCCCACACAUUGAAGAAUGCCAAGUCAAAGAUAAGCCAGAUUGCUAAACGCUUGAAGACGACGAGCAGAAUUGCUCUAUCAGGUUCCCCUCUAAACAACUAUCUCGAAGAAUACCAUACUAUGGUCGACUGGAUCGCUCCGGGCUAUCUGGGAGAUAUGGUCCAAUUUCGCUCCAAAUACUCGGAGCCUAUUAUGGAAGGACUUUACUCUGAUAGCACUGCCUACGAGAAACGGCUGUCUCUUCGGAAAUUGCAUGUACUUAAACGAGACCUUGAUCCCAAAAUCAAUCGGGCUGACAUUAGCGCCAUCGAGAAAGACAUGCCCCCGAAGACCGAAUACUUUAUCACGAUUCCCCUUACGGACCUACAAAGACAGGCAUAUAAUAUCUAUGUUGGUCAUAUGCUGCAGUCAUUCAAGCUGAUGGGUGGUAGUCUGCAAGGUGGCAAUGCCAGAAUCUGGGAAUGGAUUGCAAUGCUCUCGUGGCUCUGCCACCAUCCUGCUGCAUUCGUUACUAAAAUGCAUGAGCGCGAGGAAAAGUCGAAUAUGAACCACCAGCAGAAGCGCAAUCAAGUCAAUGACACCAGCGACCCUAGCGACAGCACAGACGAGGCCUCGGCACUCGUUGAGGUCGACGAGAAUGUUGUUCCUGAUGUUGCGGGUCCUAUGCGGGAGGCAAUGCGACAAGCCCUGCACAUUCUACCUGAUGCGAGCGAUCGGAAAGCGCUAUACGAUCCAACUCUGUCCUAUCGUACGCUUGCUGUGAAGCGCAUCCUGGAAAAAGCGAUUGAGGCUGGAGACAAAACCUUGAUAUUCAGCCACAGUAUUCCAACGUUGAAUUACUUAGGAAAGAUGUUGAAGGGGAUGGCAUCUUUCUGUCGGAUUGAUGGCGAUACUAAAGUGUCGGACCGGCAGGCCUUUACAAAAGAAUUCAACCAAAAGGACAAUUACCAGGUUUUUUUGAUCUCUAUGCGGUCUGGCGGCCUUGGUCUAAACCUCCAGGGUGCAAACCGAGUGAUUAUCUUCGAUUUCAGCUUUAAUCCGACGUGGGAGCAGCAGGCGAUUGGCCGAGCGUAUCGACUAAAUCAAAAGAGGCCGGUUUUUGUUUACCGUUUCCAAGCAGGAGGGACAUUUGAGGACAAACUAUUCAACACUUCUGUCUUCAAAACUCAACUCUUUGGCCGCGUCGUCGACAAGAAGAAUCCAAAACGACAUGCUAGUAAGGGCGCACAUACAGAGUACCUUUUCCCAGUCAGAGACAUUCCGCAAGUCGACUUUGGCGAGUCUCUCGGGAAGGAUCCCAAAGUACUUGAUGCCAUUAUUCACGAGCUCGGUUUCAUUCGUAGCAUCGUGUUGACCGAGACUUUCCAGAAAGAGGACGAUGAACAACUGAACGACGAGGACCAAAAGGUGGCAGAAGAGGAGUACAACGAUCAGCGUUUACAGCGAGAAGAUCCCGUCGCAUGGCAAGCGAAACAAGACGCUCUUCUUGCUAAGCAGCGGAUGCAGCAGCAGCAGCAGCAGCAGCAGCAACAGAACCAUCUGAACACCGUUUUGCCGUCCACAAUGCCAAUUUCCACAUUGCACUAUAUGGAUCCUGCACUCCGACAGAGAAUCGGCUCCAAUGCGCAUGGAUCAAGGUCUUUUGGGUACAAUUUUGUGCCAUUUCCUUUUGUGAGGGAACAGCUUAAUGCUCCUCCUCAACAACCUCAGCCGAUUCAUGAAUCGCUUUAUGUGGCUGGAUCUUACGAUGAUACUUUCCAAGCCCAAGGAUGGAAUAAUAUGCCUCGUCGUGCUGCAAGCACAGAGCCUGAUGCAACAACGUCAUGA